CAUCGUGCUUUAAAAACACUAACUCUCGAGCUGUGGAUCUCCGGCCAGGUCAUUCUGAGCAGGGAACAGUAAUGCAGGGUGCCCUUCACCUGGCAUUGAGACCGGCAUUAAAAUCUGUUUUGCAAACAGAAGCCGGUAUUUUGAUUAGUGGGAGGAUGCCUGCGAAGGACGGAGGCCAUUGUUCCCUGUGUUAGGCGCUGUCACUUGUUCUUCAGCAGUGAGCAGGGGCACCUUUCAGGGAAGGCAGCGGGGGCCCUGGUCACCUGCUGGACGCAGAGCCCAGGACCCAGGGCGGCGGCUGGGGACACUGCAAUGUUUCCUGCCCAGGGGAGGUCCUCCCCCUCCUUGUGCACGGUGGAGGGCGCAGCUCCGAUCCCGGCAGCCUGACGCUGAACCCAAAGUGGAAUGAAGAAUUUUAUUUUAGAGUAAACCCUUCUAAUCACAGGCUCCUGUUUGAAGUCUUUGACGAAAACAGAUUGACACGAGACGACUUCCUGGGCCAGGUGGACGUGCCCCUUAAUCACCUUCCGACAGAAGAUCCAACCAUGGAGCGACCCUAUACAUUUAAGGAUUUUCUUCUCCGCCCAAGAAGUCAUAAAUCGCGAGUGAAGGGAUUUUUGCGGCUGAAAAUGGCCUACAUGCCGAAGAACGGAGGUCAAGAUGACGAGAACAGUGAGCAGACGGACGACAUGGAGCAUGGGUGGGAAGUUGUCGACUCCAACGACUCGGCUUCCCAGCACCAGGAGGAGCUUCCCCCUCCCCCUUUGCCCCCAGGGUGGGAAGAGAAGGUGGACAACCUGGGACGUACUUACUAUGUCAAUCACAACAACCGGACCACGCAGUGGCACCGCCCCAGCCUAAUGGACGUGUCCUCGGAGUCGGACAAUAACAUCAGGCAGAUCAACCAGGAGGCCGCACACCGACGCUUCCGCUCUCGGAGGCACAUCAGCGAGGAUUUGGAGCCCGAGGCCUCGGAAGGCGGAGAGACCCCUGAGCCUUGGGAGACCAUUUCAGAAGAAGUGAACAUGGCUGGAGACUCGCUUGGCCUGGCUCUGCCCCCACCGCCCUCCUCCCCAGUGUCUCGAACCAGCCCUCAGGAGCUGUCAGAGGAACUGAGCAGAAGGCUUCAGAUCACUCCAGACUCCAAUGGGGAACAGUUCAGUUCUCUGAUUCAGAGAGAGCCCUCCUCCAGGCUGCGGUCCUGCAGUGUCACCGACGCGGUUGCAGAGCAGGCCCACCUACCACCGCCCAAUACCCCAACUAGGAGAGCACGGUCGUCCACAGUCUCGGGUGGUGAGGAGCCGACGCCAUCAGUGGCCUAUGUACAUACCACGCCGGGCCUACCUUCAGGCUGGGAAGAAAGAAAAGAUGCUAAGGGACGCACAUACUAUGUCAAUCAUAACAAUCGAACCACAACUUGGACGCGACCAAUCAUGCAGCUUGCAGAAGAUGGUGCCUCCGGAUCAGCCACAAACAGUAACAACCACCUAAUCGAGCCUCAGAUCCGCCGGCCUCGUAGCCUCAGUUCGCCGACUGUAACUUUAUCUGCCCCACUGGAGGGUGCCAAGGAUUCACCCAUACGCCGGGCUGUGAAAGAUACCCUUUCCAAUCCACAGUCCCCACAGCCAUCACCUUACAACUCCCCCAAACCACAACACAAAGUCACACAGAGCUUCCUGCCACCGGGCUGGGAAAUGAGGAUAGCUCCCAACGGCCGGCCCUUCUUCAUUGACCAUAACACAAAGACUACGACAUGGGAAGAUCCACGCCUGAAGUUCCCAGUACACAUGCGGUCAAAGGCAUCGUUAAACCCCAACGACCUGGGCCCUCUUCCUCCUGGUUGGGAAGAAAGAAUUCACCUGGAUGGACGGACGUUUUACAUUGAUCAUAACAGCCAGGUGUUAUGUGGAGAGAAUGACCCCCGAGACUCAGUGCCCUCGUACGAUAGCAAAAUUACUCAAUGGGAAGACCCAAGACUGCAGAACCCAGCCAUCACUGGCCCGGCUGUUCCAUACUCCAGAGAAUUUAAGCAGAAAUAUGACUACUUUAGGAAGAAAUUAAAGAAACCUGCUGAUAUUCCAAACAGGUUUGAAAUGAAACUACACAGAAAUAACAUAUUUGAAGAGUCCUACCGGAGAAUCAUGUCUGUAAAAAGACCCGAUGUCCUAAAAGCUAGACUGUGGAUUGAAUUUGAAUCUGAGAAAGGUCUAGACUAUGGGGGCGUGGCCAGAGAAUGGUUCUUCUUGCUGUCCAAGGAGAUGUUCAACCCCUACUAUGGUCUCUUCGAGUACUCUGCAACGGACAACUACACACUGCAGAUCAAUCCCAAUUCGGGCCUCUGUAACGAAGAUCAUUUGUCCUACUUCACUUUUAUUGGAAGAGUGGCUGGUCUGGCGGUAUUUCAUGGGAAACUCUUAGAUGGUUUCUUCAUUCGACCAUUUUACAAGAUGAUGUUGGGAAAGCAGAUAACUCUGAAUGACAUGGAAUCUGUGGAUAGUGAAUACUACAACUCUUUGAAGUGGAUCUUAGAAAAUGAUCCUACUGAACUGGACCUCAUGUUCUGCAUCGAUGAAGAGAACUUUGGGCAGACAUACCAAGUGGAUUUGAAGCCCAAUGGGUCCGAGAUAAUGGUAACAAAUGAAAACAAAAGGGAAUAUAUUGACUUAGUCAUCCAGUGGAGAUUUGUGAACAGGGUCCAGAAGCAAAUGAACGCCUUCUUGGAGGGAUUCACAGAAUUGCUUCCCAUCGAUUUGAUUAAAAUUUUUGAUGAAAAUGAGCUGGAGUUGCUCAUGUGCGGCCUCGGUGACGUCGAUGUGAACGACUGGAGACAGCAUUCUAUUUACAAGAAUGGCUACUGCCCAAACCACCCUGUCAUUCAGUGGUUCUGGAAGGCUGUGCUUCUGAUGGAUGCAGAGAAGCGGAUCCGGUUACUGCAGUUUGUCACAGGGACAUCCCGAGUACCCAUGAAUGGAUUUGCCGAACUUUAUGGUUCCAAUGGUCCUCAGCUGUUUACAAUAGAGCAAUGGGGCAGUCCUGAAAAGCUGCCCAGAGCUCACACAUGCUUUAAUCGCCUUGACUUACCUCCAUAUGAAACCUUUGAAGAUUUACGAGAGAAGCUUCUCAUGGCCGUGGAAAACGCACAGGGAUUUGAAGGGGUGGAUUAAGGCCUUCUGACUCGGCUGUCCAUCAAGCAAGUUCCCCUUGCACUUUUGCAUUUGCCUAACAGACUUUGCAGAGCAGGGGGGAGAGACCACUGUACGUGCUGUCUGAGCCCGGCCUCCACCCGGGCCCUGCCCGAGUUCAGAUGCGGGAACCCAGUCCCAGCUUGAGUUCCCACCUCUUCCACCACAAAUCCUCAACUGGUUGAUGUGUACACUAAUUACAUUUCAGGAGGACUUGUUCUAUUUAUGUUGUGCCUCUGCAGGCAAAGCCCUUAAUAAAUAUUUUGCAUACUUUCUAAUGACAAUGAAUGGAAUUAAUCACUCCACAGGUAUAGUAUUACAACUCAUGUUUACUUUUUAAAAUGAUUUAGACCGAUUUUCAGAUUUUAUUUCAUUACAAUUAAAGAUGUCUCAUGCACUUGGAAAGUGAGCAUAUUUUUUUUGUAUUUGAAUUUCAUACCAAGCUUAAUGUUAAUGACAUUUUUAUUUUUGAAGUACUUUGACACCCCCCACCCUCUACUUUAUUAGAACUGGAAGGCUCACUUUUGUCCAAAAGCCUUCCACAGACAAGUACUUUUGAAAGAAUUUCAAAUAUAGCAUUAGGCAUAAUGAUAAUUUUUCCAUACUCAGAAUGAAAAUAAACUGGAUAUUACUUUCUUUUGUACAAAUUUAGGUAAUAGCUACAGGCUGAGAGAAUUGUAACAUAGCAUGACAUUUGUGUUAACUUGAAAGGAAUCACACCAUUAUUCCUUAGAAGUAAUUGUGUGUGCUAUAACACAUUUGAGGCAGGGUUGGACUAUCAUUUCUCAUUGGAGAAAUUACUUAACCCUUCCUUGCUGUACAGUCAUCAUUUUAUUAUAUUUUCCCCUUUGCUGUCUGUCAUAGAGACAUUUUGAAUGAAACUUGGCAUUGCUUGAUUCAAAACUGCGGAAGCCAGAUCCAUUCUGUCUCCUCCGGGUGUGCAUUUGCCAACGGCGGCAAAGUAACCGGUUCCUGCUCUAACUGCGCCACUUCUGAAGGCACUUUAUGUACUACGAGGAGGUCAUAUCUGGUUCCAUUUUUGUUUUUUAACAUACACAUUAAGUGUGACGAUGAUUUCUUCUCCCUGCACACAUCUUUCCUGUGCGAUGUCUAUCAGUUGUGAAUCUGGCUGCUGGUGUAUAGAAACCCGGAUGAAAAGCUGAGCCUACCGACCUGUCCUCUCCAAUUGUUUUGUGACUUCUACUCGACUACAAGGAUUUAUUUAAUAUACACUUAAUGGAACCGAGUUCUGUUCCCUACCACCUGGUGCAUGCUUCAGUACCGUGUCCCGCCCAAGUCGUGUCUGUUGUACACUAGAUUAACAGAGACUCAGUUUGCUCCACUGAGGUCAAGCUGCUAAACUGGGGGUGGCGGAGGAUUGAGGGUGUGUGCACAGUUUGCUGCUUUUCCACUUUUAAGUCUCGUUGCAGAAUUCUGUCAUGUUUAGAGACUAUGUCUGAGACGGCGUGGGAGUGCAGUCGUCCUACCAUCCCUUUUAACUUGUGUUUGUUGGGGGAGCACUGGAGGUUUGAUCUCUUGGCAGGCAUAUUUAAGACAAAAUGUGAUUUUGAAGUCUCUGUAAUAGAAGAAAGAGCUCUGGUGUAAGAAUUUGCUCAUAUGCAAAUGAUGCAGCUCCGAAUGGCACGUGAGAUGCCCUGGGCGGCUGUGGCUGUGAAGAAGCACCGAGGCCUCAAGUUAUAGAAGGUGGAUUGCUGUGGAGCUCAGUGCUGGCUCCUGUUCAGAGUGGCUUAAAAUACCUAGGAGUGACCAGAAAACUUACAUGCUAAGUAAUUAUAAAAAAUGAUGUUGCUUUUUUUUUUUUUUUGCCUUUUGAUGGGAAAUUUUCCCAUAAAACCAACAUGACAAAUGUCUCAGUGGUAAAGGUCCCUUUUUUGUUGCCCUCCUAGUUCAAAGUUAUAGUACUCUUAAAAACAAAACAAAAUAAAACAUGCCAUUUGAGUUGAGCAGGGUCCUUGGAUGAAUUUUGAGAAUGAUCAUGUCAUUAUAGGAGGAGAAAUCUGAUUCUACUGUGAAAACUGGGAUUCUUCAGUCAUUUCAUAAACUGUGUGCAUUUUGUGAAUAUUUUGAUUUUUUAAAAACUAGCCCAGGCAUUGAAAAUAGGAAAAUAGAAACUAUUCUCAUCAUUUUUAAGCCAGGAACAGAAGGAGUAUUGAAAUAUGCCCCUGAGAAUAUUUGAACGAUGGUAAUUGUGAAUGGCACUUUAGUUUAUCUACCCCUUGAUACUCCUCCGAUUUUUAACAAUUAAGCAUUGCUGGAUUUGGGGUUUGAUUUUUGUUGGUUAAAUGAAAAUGCAGUCACUAGUCCUCAGCUAUUCGUGAAGUUUCUCUCUGCCUAAAGGCCCCGAAUCUCUCCUAGAUCUUGUUGUCUGCUGUUGCCUACUCCAGGCAGCAGUGGAGAAUGCACUGCAGGAAGAGCAGGUUUCUGGGUCAUUCUCUGACCUCCCUGCUUCAACAGCUGUCCUGGGGGAGGAGGUUGGUACUGCCUGUCCUCCUCCUCCCACCAGCCACACUGCUCUGCACUUCACGGUCUCUGUUGCCCAUUUGCUCCCAGGCCACAGUGACCACCAGAACCCCUUUCUCUGGCUCCCUGCAGAAGGUGGUUGUCGGGGCUGAGAAGUGAGUGCUAGAGUUCGGGAAGGCUCUGAGUGUCACUUGGCUGCCUGUGGAUCCUGGGUGUUACUGUUCCUGCCCCUGGUUGGCCUUUGGAUGAAUUUGGGAAGUCCACAAACAGCGUUAGCUUCGGAGAGUGUUGCUUCUCCGCUCACUGCCCCUGGAACAGACAACGGAAGGCAUUUGUCUCAAUGUGUCUGACCUCAGUGCACUUUCCUUGUUUUUCUGAAACAUGGACUGUCCUUUACUUUUCUGCAGCCCAGUCCUCUAACAGAUCACCAGGAAGGGACAAACUUAUUUGUUUUUGUUUCCAAAGCCCUUUAGAACAGUCCCUAAAUUCAGAUGUUGGAUGAGAGAAAGCAACUUGACAUGAAUUAUUCUUCCCAUGUGAGGACCCAGUGGUGUGCAAAAUAUUUGAACCACUUUCUACAUCUCUCGAUGUGGUGUAGGCAACUCGUACCCCUGUUCUUUGACCUUGCAGGAUCCCAGUUGACUCUCAGAAGCCAGGGUCACGUGCAGCAACUUUCUAAUUGUUCUAACAGUGAGGAGUUGUUUAUCAUUGACUCUUGUAUAUUCCUGAUUGUUGUGUAUCUCAUCUCGGAAAUGUUGAAGUCUGCAAAGAGCUUGGGUUCAUCAGCUCUCCAGUCCCUUCCCAUUGUACUAACUGUCUGCUUCCUGUCCUCUCCCUUCCUCGCCCAGACUAAGCACCUCUGUGCUGCCCUGUGGGGAGGCGAGAUGCUGCCUGGAGUCAUUUUCUGAUGUGCCAGUAGGGGUGCUGCUGUGCAGGGUGACUGCCUGCCCUGCUCCCCACUGACCCCCCAGAUCUUGUACUACCUCUGUCUCCUUCAGGCAUUGGGAUACCCAAGUCACGUCAAAACUGCCAAUUUCAGGACUGAGAUGUGUUCAAAAACAAAAACUUAAAAAAGAAUCCACUUAGUACUUUAGCUUUUAAAACUGGGAAGAAAAUGUGAUAUACUUUGGACCACUUUUUUUUUAAUUUAUAUAAGCCUUAAUGAAUGGUGUAUAUACACUUGCGUACGCACACUCCACCCCAGAGUGUUUUCAGUGUGUGAGAAAAUGCUGUAGCUUUAGUAUGUGAGCCUGUGUAAUGAUUCCUAAGAAAAGGGGUAGCUUUCUGUUGGUACAGAGUUUUCCAGGAAAACCACUCCUUUUGACAUCUCUCCUGUAUUAAAGUUGUUGCCCUCAAAGCAAUGCAUGUUUGAAGCGCAUGUCUCUUUGCUGGUUUUAUGUUUGUAAGGAGUAAUGACAUCACUUCGUGUACUGCAUUCUCGACCUGGCACCAGUGCAUCGAAAGCCUUUCUCAGGACCAUCACCUGCAUCGACAGAAGCCUGUGUUCCCGUAUAAGCCAGUCUGCCCCUCGUACCCGGACUGAUUUCACCUAGAUUGUCAUGGUUCCCUUCAUGUUAAUUUUGUGUGACUUUGUUGUUCUUACUACUCUGUAUGUAACAUAACUGUAUACCUACAUAUGCUGUCCAAAUAUAUGUGUAUAUAUUUGUAUAGCAUUUUUACACCUCUACGAGUAAUCCGGUUUCAAAAGGGAGAGCUCAGUCCCUUCUGCAGUUUUCUCCAAGCUGUGUGCUGAGAACUCAGAGCCGAGAGAACCCUAGGAAGAAGAUGUUAAUUCGCUGUUAUUUAUUAAUUCAGGAUCUGUUAUCAAAUGAAACCUGGAAAAAAAAACUGACUUUUAAGGUGAAAAGUGUUUCAAGCAUUCCAAAUGAAUUCUCAAUGUUUCAUAACUUUUUAUUAUAAACCCACCUCCUAAAAUGAAGCCAAGUACUAUUUGGUCAAACAAAACCAACUACCUUGAUUUUUUUUUUUAAGACAACUUAUGGAUAAUGCUCAUUUUCACAAUCAGAGUAGCUUUAAAAUAAGGUUGAAUUUGAUACAGGAAAAGUUUUGUUCAAGAACAAGUCCUUUUUGCUUUUCUUUCUUGAGAGCUAAAGAGAAACCGUCGCUUGUUUUCCUGACAGCAAAAAGAGUAAUGUGGCAAAAUGAAGUCAUUGUAAAAAGUGAUGAGACUUGUCAAAUAUUUAAUAAAGAAUUAUGGAAGCUGGAGCAUUUUCUACAGCAAAUAUUA